AUGAUGUCAAAAACGAAUGAUCAAACAAAGUCUGGCCACGUCAAACAAAUUUGUCAACAUUUUUUAGCACAUGCUGAUUCAGGUUUAGCUCAUCGAUUGCAAGAAGAAGAAUUUGCUGUACAUUUUGAUCGAAAUCGUACACAUCGACAUGAAUCACGUCUGGGUGUCAAAACUGCUCGUGGUGUCGAAGAAGAAGAAAAAAAAGAAUAUUUUGCAAAACAAUUAGAUUUUUACCAACAAAAACACAAAAUAGAAGAAAAUGAUAUUGCAUUAGCACGAAAGUUACAAGAAGAAAUGAAAAUUAAAUCAAACUCCGUCGAUCGUACUGAUCAUAAUUCUCAUCAUGAUUCUUUUAAUGAUCAGAAUCCUUAUGAAGAAAUCGAUGACUCAACAGCAUUUGAUGAUAUAAGUAGUGAUGAACAACUAGCACGAAUUUUACAAGAAGAAGAACAAUUAUUAGCAUCUGCAAAUGUUCAUUCGCAUGUUAAUCCAAAAUUUAGAUGA